AUGGAUUCAAGGAAUCCAUUGAAUCCAUAUGGUCAGUCCCCUAGUUUAGUCGGCCUCCUUAACAGUCAGAAUUUUUCUUAUGAAAGUUACCAACCGGGUGUCCACAUUGGAGAAUCACAACAGUCAUCAGAGAUCCCUCCUUUUAGUUCACAAGAAACCGAGACACCAGUGGGCUCUAAGGAGAGAAAGAAGUGGACACCAGCCGAUGACGAGGUUAUAAUCAGCGCUUGGAUAAACACGUCUAAAGACCCGGUUGUAGGAAAUUCACAGAAGCUAGGCACUUUCUGGUCCCGAGUUGGUGAAUAUUAUGCUGCAUCUCCACAUGCUGUACAGAGUGGUGACCGAAGAGAGCAUCUCAAUAUAAAGCAGAGGUGGCACAAGAUUAACGAUUUCACUAACAAGUUCUGUGCUGCAUAUGCAGCAGCAGAGAGACAGAUCACCUCUGGUCAAAGUGAGAACGAUGUUCUCAAGGUGGCACACGACAUCUACUUCGCUGAUCACAAGAAGAAAUUUACUCUAGAGCAUGCGUGGUGUCUUCUGAGGUUUGAACAAAAGUGGCUAAGCCUCAACACUCCUAAACCUAGUGGCACUUCUAAACGAAAAGGUUGUGAGACUCCUUGUCAGAGUACAAACACGACUGCUGCUGAUGAUGAGGUCCGGCCUGAAGGUAUAAAGGCCGCUAAGGCUAAUAGGAACACGGGUAAAGGAAAGUCAGUGGCUGAGUAUGCAACAAUUAUGGAUAUGAAGAGGGAAGAUUGGGAGAUGAAGAAGGAUGAUUUGGAUAGGAAGGAGAGACUAUCAAAGCUCGCUAUUCUAGACACUCUCUUAGCCAGAACAGAACCACUGAGUGUGGCUGAAGAAGUUGUCAAGAAUAAGCUACUAAACCUGUUGUUCUGA